GUACGAUGUCUUUGUAAAAAAUACUAUCACGACUUCACCAAUACUUUUUUGAUAUACAAGUUUGUAUAAAAUGGUCAAACUUGCUCAACUUGUGUAAUAGUGUCUGAGUGAUCGUGAACUGGAAGGCAUCGAAAGUUGGUUUAAUUUUCAUUUUCCGGAAAAAAUGGAUUGGUAUCUAGUUUUGAUAUCCUUUGUUACACUCCUAGUAGCAGGAUAUUUGUACGUGAAGAAGAAGUUCCAGUACUGGGAGGAAAAGGGAGUGCCUUACGUGAAACCGCAAUUUCCAUUCGGCAUUCUGAAGGGCAUGGGCAGUACUAAACACUCAAGCCAGAUUUUCUCUGAAGCAUACAAAGAACUCAAGGGCAGAAAUACCUUUGGAGGUGUUUAUUUUUUCACACAGCCCGUUGUUAUUCCAACAGAUUUGGAACUUUUGAAAAAUAUUUUCGUGAAGGAUUUCCAGUAUUUCACUGACAGGGGAUUCUAUGUCAAUGAAAAAGAUGAUCCUCUAUCUGGUAACUUAUUUGCCCUAUCUGGACAACGUUGGAGGAAUUUAAGGAACAAACUAAGUCCUACUUUCACUUCUGGAAAAAUGAAGAUGAUGCACAGCACAAUUAUUGCAGUUGCCAAAGAAUUCCAGAACUAUUUAGAACCAUUUGCCGAAAAGAAGGAAACGAUCGAAAUGAAGGAUGUUUUUGCACGAUUUACAACUGAUAUCAUUGGAACUUGUGCCUUUGGAGUAGAAUGCAAUAGUCUCAAAGAACCAGACACAGAGUUUCGCAGAAUUGGAAAGAGAAUUUUUGAGGUUACACCCUUUGAGAUGAUCCGUCUUUUAUUUCUAUUGAAUUUUCAAGAUUUUGGUCGUAUGAUGAGAAUGAAAUUUAACAAACCCGAUGUGUCUGAGUUUUUCAUGCGACUCCUCAAAGAAACCACUGAAUAUCGUGAAAAGAACAAUGUGAAGAGGAAUGAUUUCCUCUCACUUUUACUACAGAUAAAGAACACGGGAAAACUUGAAGGUGAUGAUACGGAUUUGGGGAAAAUGACCUUUGAAGAAUUGGCCGCACAAACGUUCCUGUUUUUCGCUGCGGGAUAUGAAACCUCUUCAUCGACUAUGACAUUUGCUCUCUAUGAACUAGCUCAACAUCAGGAUAUUCAGAACAGGGCCAGAGAGGAAGUCAUUAGUAUUUUGAAGAAAUACAACGGUGAAUACACUUACGAAGCUUGCAUGGAAAUGAAAUAUCUUGAUCGAAUCAUUAAUGAAACCCUUAGGAAGUAUCCUGUUAUACCCAACUUAAUUAGAGUUUGCCAUAAGGAUUAUCAAGUUCCGGAUACCAAACAUAUUAUUGAAAAAGGAACAUCGGUGCAAAUUCCGAUUUAUGCAAUUCAUCAUGAUCCCGAAUUCUAUCCGGAUCCUGACAAAUUUGAUCCCGAAAGAUUCACUGAAGAAAAUAUGAAAAACCGGAAUUCUUGUGCUUGGAUCCCUUUCGGAGAUGGACCUAGGAAUUGCGUUGGAAUGCGGUUCGGCAUGAUGCAAACAAGGGUUGGAUUGGCGAAUCUGCUUUCUAAAUACCGAGUAAAGACCUCACCUAAGACACCAAUUCCAAUGGUAAUGGAUCCUCAGACUGUUGUGCUUAGCCCUAAGGGCGGAAUGUGGUUACAUGUGGAGAAAGUUAAUUAAGUGGAUGACCGUUAGAAAUUCUGUAGUUCGGAAUCAAAUAGCAUACCCCAGUGAGCACAGUUAGCUGAAAAAAGCAGCAUCUUCAAUAUAUUUUUGCUGAGUUGAUCAACAAAAAUAUACUAACCGGUCAGCAAUUAUCUAAAAAAAAGUUCUAACCAAAUAUAUGGUAAUGGCACCGCCUCGCGAGUGUCGUUUUAUGGUUAGCAGAAUUCAACUGAAAAUAGGGGGAAGUGGGGACCUUUGAAUUGGGGCAGCUUUGAAAUUGAGCUUUUUUCUCCUAUUUUUAAAUAAAACUGGACCUUAUUAUGACAUAAUUUAGGUCAACAAACCAAUUGCGAUGCUAAAUUACAUCAUGAUAAGCCUCAAUUCCAUUUGAAAAUAGGAGAAAAAGCCCAAUUUCAAAGCUGCCCCAAUUCAAAGGUGCCCCACUUCCCCCCUACUAAUAAAUAAUUUCAGUCUAAUUGAAAUCAGUUAGCAUUUGGCGCUCGAUGGGAAUUUAGAAAAAAACUCAAUGCGGCUUUUUAAAAUCAAUGCUGUGUCACUGUUAAUAAUACAAAAAAAAUUGCUUUGUUAUGUUUAUCAGUAGACAAAUAAAGACUUCAAGAUUAAUGUAUCUAAUCUUUCUAAUCUAAAAUUUAUCGCAACAUUUAAAUAAAUUCAACAUCACUGUGUAUGAUAUUUCGCAAAUAAAUCCUAAAAAUUUGGAA